AUGCAUUAUCGGCCCUUUCACUGGCAAUUGUCGCAACGGGCGAGCCGACGUGGUCGGCUCAAGUUGUGGCAGGUUGCAGUGAGUCUCUUGUUGUUGCUGCUGCUUGGGGCGCUGCAUCAGCAGCUGAGCCAUUGGGAUGGCUUGGUUGAGCCACUGCCAGCCGCGGGCAUGGACAACAUGCCCGCUGCUGAAGUUGGCGCAUUUGCCAGGCUCUGGCUGGAGUAUGGCUACAAUGCCUGGCUAGCUGAGCGCAUUCCAGUGCGACGCGGGCUGCUGGACAUGCGUGAUGAUCGCUGCCUGGAGUACAGCUAUCCGAAGCUGAGCGCACUCAUGGAGCCGCGAUGCCCGCAGCAGCGCUCCAGGCAGGCUUUCAGGGCGUAUGUGCAGAGGUAUAUUCAUGGAGCGGCACGUAUCUUUCAUCUGGAGGAGCACGUGGGCUUGGUGCGAGCGCGCCGCCUGGCUGCUGAUGAGGCCAAGCUGGAGACGCUCAUCUUUCUGGACGCGCACGUCGAGGUGAGCGAGGGCUGGCUGGAGCCGCUGCUGGCUGCCAUCUGGGAGGAUCAAUUCACACUUGCCACACCACAGCUGGAUCGACUGGACGAGGAGACGCUGGAAUAUGUGCGCGUCGUGGAACGGCGUGGCCUCUUCGACUGGAGCUUGCGGCGGCGCGAGGUGCCGCUGACAUGGCAACAGAUAAAGCAGCUGCCGCGACCGUUUGCCACAGCUGUGCUGCGCACCUCUGUGUUUGCCAUCAAUGCGGAAUGGUUCAAUAAGCUGGCACAUCUCGACAUGGAGCUGAAUGCACCUGCUGCCGCCGAGCUGGAGCUGAGCUUCAAGGUGUGGCGCAUUGGAGGACGCGUGCUCCAAGUGCCCUGCUCCCGUGUGGCCCAUCUGCAGCCCAGCGAUCUCGGCUACAUGCAGCGCUAUGGAGAUCUUCAGCAAAUGGCCCGCGAGCAUUUCAGUAGCUACAAACGUCUGACGGAGAUCUGGCUAAGUGAGCCCAGGUACAAAUCUGUGGUCUAUCAGCAUCAGCCACAAAUCCUGCAGGCCCACUUGCCCAAUGUAUCUAAGCUGCAGGAGCUCAUUAAACGAGUCGAUUUCGAGUCCUUCGAUUGGUAUUUGCAGCAUGUGGCAACCGACCUGCUGCGGCAUUUUCCACUGCUGCCUCGCAUUGACCUGGCGCACGGCACCCUGCGACCCGCCCACCUGCCCAGCCACUGCCUGACGGCUGAUUUGCAAACUCGACGCAUUCAUUUGCAGCCCUGCAAUGCCGUCCAGCAGUUGACCCAAAACUGGACCCUAAGCUCUCUGAAUGAUCUGCGACUCGGUGUCGAUAUUUGUGCUGAGGUGCAGCCCACUCAAUAUGUGGCACUGAGUGCCUGCCACACGCUCGGCGGUCGCCAGAGCUGGCGACUGGACAUGGACAAAAAUUACCUGAUUAGCAAUAGGCACUGCCUGGAGUUCAAUGUGCGAAUGCGGGUGUACGUUAGGCGCUGUGACUACAUGAAUCAGCGCCAAAUGUGGUUCUUUGAGCACACGAACGUGGCAGCAAUAAAGACAAACGACUUGUGAGUUGGGACAAACUGGAAACUUGAGAU